UCACUCAGUCAGUCGGGUGAGGCUGCAGCCCCCUCUGCCCACCCUCCCCUCGACAAACCCCAGUGACAGGGAGCACCAGCACCCACACUACCCAGUCUGACCCUCUCGCCUCUCACCUUUCUUCCUACCGACUUCCUACCCUGAGGAGACAAGCACAAACUGAGACUCCCCCCUGAGGGUCCUUCAGGACAGCCUCACCCCCGACCCCCCAAGGGCCAGCCAUGUCACAGUUCUCCACCAUGACAACCAGGGAGAGGAAAAUGCAGGCGGCAGCAAUCUGCAGGGAGGUUCAAGCCCAGGAAGAUAUAGAGAUGGAUCUUGGGAAGAAAAUGAGCGUGCCUAAAGACAUCAUGCUGGAGGAGCUGUCUCUUGCCUCCAACCGGGGCUCCCGUCUCUUCAAAAUGCGCCAGAGACGCUCAGAAAAAUACACAUUUGAGAGCAUCCAGAAUGAAAACAACCAGCAGCUCAAUAACACAGGGGUUUCUCAAACAGAGAAUGGUAAUACCAUGGGCAGCCACGGUGGCAAGAACAACUCGGGUGUCGACCAGCCACCUAAAGUGCCAGCCGACACACCAGAAACAAAAAUGGCGGCAAAUCCAGACAGUAUCGCCCCGGGUUAUGGAGGUCCUUUGCAAGACAUCCCUCCAGAGAAGUUCAACUGUACAGCUGUGCCAAAGUCCUACCACUCACCCUGGGAGCAGGCCAUCAUCAGUGACCCGGCCUUAGCUGACACCCUCAUCACCUGCAUGCCUGAGCCAGAGCCCCGACCAGAACUACCAGGGUACAAAUGUUUCAACAGGGUGGCAACCCCGUUCGGAGGCUUUAGCAAGGCACCUAGACCUGCUCCCAUCAAGGCACUGCAGGUGGAACCCCUCCCAGACUUCCCUGAGCUCCAGGGGGACACGACAGUAAAUCGGCCCUCCUUCAACAGAUCUGCUCUGGGGUGGGUGUCAGCGGGCUGUCCAGUUGCCCUUCCUACCGUUUCCCUUGAGCCUCUGCUCAUCCCUGAGUCAGAAGACCUUUGAACCCAUAAUGAAGUCACACAGAGAUGCUGUCUACUUAGUUGUUGCACCAGAGGUUAUGGUGGGCAGGGAAAUGUUUUGGUCAGAACAGAGUCAGGGGGAGAGAAAGCGUCCUGUUGGCCGUAGCUGGUCAAAGUUACCAUGUGUCCAGCAUCCCUUGGUUUUCCAGGGAUCUUAGCUAUUGCACUGCACUCAGAAAUGAGCUAAUCAUGAAUUAAUGUACAGUAGGCAGAAACACUACUGCAACAAACAGAAUUUGUUGUAUAUUAAUGUGCAUAAGAGUAUUUUGUCUUACAGACACAAGUUUUGCUCAAUAAAAUGGUGUGGAAGGCAAUAAAAACUA